AUGUACUGGAAGGACAUGACCAACUCCUGUAUUCCUUCUCAGAAUGUCAUCGAUAGGGAUGAUGACAAAAAACAGAUAAUAAAUCUUUUGAUGCAGCAUGAUGUUGACGGAAAUGUCAGUGAUUUUGUAUUCAAUAAUCUUCUCUUGAUUCAAUUUUGGAUGGCACAUGGAAUUCUUCAAUCACCUAAGGAUGAAAAUCUAGAGUUGGAAGAUGUCGGCAACUUGUAUAUCAAGGAGUUGUUGUCGAGAUCUUACUUUCAAGAUGUUGAACAAGAAAAUAUCUUGUAUUUUACCUUUAAAAUGCAUGAUCUUAUCCAUGAUCUUGCACUCUCAAUUGCCAAAAGAGAGUGUUCAGUAGUGACCAAGAAGUCCACCCUUGCUGCAGAAGUUUGUCACCUAUCAUUUUUAGACAAUGGGCAAGAAGUUACAACACAUUUAGAGAAGUUGAGCAAUGUUGAAACUAUUAUUUUCCAAACAGACCAAUCCAUGUCUUUACUUGAAACAUGCAUCUCAAGAUUUAAGUAUUUGCGGAGAUCCAGUGACAAACAGAAGGGAGAGUUAGACUGGAAUGCAAGAAUGAAUCUCAAAAAGGUGUUGCCAAGUUCUAUCGAAAGUUUGAAACAUUUGAGAUAUCUCGACCUAUCAUAUAAUCUCAUAAUCAAGCAACUUCCAAAUUCCAUUUGCAAGCUGCACAGUUUGCAAACUCUACUGCUUGAAAAUUGCCACAAUCUUGAACGGUUGCCGAAAGGUAUAGGGGACAUAAUCAGGCUCAGGUUUUUUAUCAUUACAACAAAGCAUACUUGCUUGUCGGAGAAGGCAGUAGGUUGCUUGAGUUCUCUUCGAUCUUUGUGGAUAUGGAGAUGUAUGAAUCUAAAAUGUGUGUUUGAAGGGAUGGAGGAGGGGCGCCUCACCUAUCUUCGAACAUUGGUUGUUGGAGAUUGUCCAAGUUUGACCUCUUUGACGCUGAGUAUCAAACACCUAACUGCCCUAGAGACCCUGAUAAUUAGGGAUUGUAAAGAGCUUAGUUUGAUGGAUGCAGAGGGAGAAGAAGACAAUCAAGAUCUCAAGUUGAGCCUCCAAAAUUUAAUGUUUUUCCGUUUACCAAAGUUGGAGGUUUUGCCUCAAUGGCUCCAAGGAUCUGCAAACACUUUACAGCUGCUAUGGAUUGGAGGAUGUGAAAAUUUAAUGGCUUUGCCGGAGUGGCUGCCACGUCCAAAAUCACUUUAG